UGCAGAUCCAACGGCUCGAAACGCGCGAGGAAUCGCAUGCGCUAUCGCUCUUCUUCGUGUGGGUGGUAAUGGUGCGGCUCGAUCGCGAACACCUCGAAGCUUAAGACGACGAAGCGAUUGUAGAAGACGAAGAGAGAGAGAGAGAGAGAGAGAGAGAGAGAGAGAGAGCUUCUUCUCCGAUCCGUGGCCAUGGCGACGUUGGCUCAUCGCCUCCUCUCCCGAUCACGUCAGCUAUAUGCUGGUCAGGCCAUUUUGCAACAUGGGCAUGCUCUUUCUGUUCGAUCCUAUGCAAAAGACGCAGCUCCAUCUAACUUACCUCCCCUCAAAGGAGAUGAGAUGUUGAAGAACAUAUUUUUUGAGGUCAAGAAGAAAUAUGAAACGGCACUUGGAAUACUUAAGAAGGAAAAAAUUACAAUUGAUCCUGAUGAUCCUGCAGCUGUUGCUCAGUAUGCUAAUGUUAUGAAGACUGUAAGAGAAAAGGCAGAUUUGUAUUCCGACUCUCAACGAAUUAAAUACACCAUCGAGCAACGUACUCAAGGCAUUCCUGAUGCUCGAACAUAUUUUUUAACGCUCCAGGAGAUCAGAAUCAAGAGUGGGCUUACAGAUGAUCUUGGUGCUGAGGCUAUGAUGAUGGAAGCGCUAGAGAAGGUUGAGAAGGAGAUUAAGAAGCCACUUUUGAGGUCUGACAAGAAAAACAUGAGCCUUCUCUUAGCAGAGUUCGACAAGAUAAAUAAAAAGCUUGGUAUUCGCAAGGAAGAUCUCCCCAAGUAUGAGGAAGAGUUGGAACUAAAGGUUGCUAAAGCAGAGCUACAAGAGCUGAAGAAAAAUGCUGUGGAAGCAAUGGAGACCCAGCUUAAAAGGGAGGAGUUCAAAGAUGAGCAGAUGGUCGACGUGCGGUCGUUGGAUAUCCGGAACUUCAUCUAGAGCUUUGUUUAUUUGAUCGGGGCAUUUAGGUUGUGUCUCUAAAUCCUGUUUAAUUUUUCGAUGAGCGUGCUUCUGCAAGCACAGCUGCCGCUAAAAGUGCUCUUUGACCAAACCAACCUUGUUUUCGCAUAAUAAUAGUGGCUAAACAUGCCUCUGAUGAAUUUGGCGCGCCGGGAUUAUUUGCGUCGGCUUAAAUCUUGAUGAACUUGAGAUUUGCUUCGUUUGCUUGUGUUCUUAUCUCUCUCCCUGCUGUUUAUGAUUCGACAGUUUAGUCAUCUUGCCAAAAUUUCCUUGAUGCCAGAAAUAAACGGAGUUUGAUGCUGGUUUGUGUAUAUAUUGUUCACAUUUUGUUAACUCGUAAUUUGAUUAUGUCAA